GUGAUCUGCCCGCUGGAGGGCUCGGGCCUGAUGGCCGCAGCCGCUGCCGGCGGCUUCAUCGACUUACUUGCUGAAGUGGCUGCUGGCGCGCGGCUGCGCGGAGCCCUGCGCCUGCAGCCUGGCCGUCAGGGGCUGGGCGGGGGCUUCCCUGGCGGCGGCGGUCGCGGCGGCAGCGGCGGCGGCGGUGCAGGCUGGCCCGACCUAGACACUGACCCGGAGGCGGCGCUGGAGGCUGCGGAGCUGCUGGAGGCGGCGGCGGAGGGUUGCUGCCUGCCGCUGCUGCGGCGGCUGUACGACUUCUUCGUGGCGCACGCCGGCAGCAGCGAGGAGGCGGUGGAGGCGGCAGCGGCGGCGGUGAUGGCUGCAGCUAAGGAGGCGGCGGCAGGAAGGGAAGCCUGGUGCAGCCGCGCUACGGCCGAGCUCGGCGGCCUCGGCCGCCAGGCGGCGGCGCUGGUGGACGCGCUCCGUGCCACCACAUGGCGCGGCCGCGUGCUGGCGGCGGCGGCAGCCAGCGCCACUCCCGACUGGCGGGCCAAGGUGGAGUUUCUGGAGUCAGUGGGGCUGCGGCCGGUGGAGCGGUUCGGGUUGGCGGUGGUGGCGGAGCGAGCGGCGGCGUACCGGCCACGGCCGGCACGGAGCAGAGCAGCAGGCGCAGGAGCAGGGCCAAGAAGGGUUGGGUUGGGUGGUGGUGGGAUGGGGAGCGAGGCUGUGUGGGUGGCGACGCAGGCAGGUGGGAGAGAGGCAGCAGGCAGCAGCAUGCCGACGCUGCAGUUGAAGCCGGUGGACUCGGCCGCGCGGGUGGGGCCCAUCACGGGGCACUGGCUGCGCCGCCGGCGCUAUCCCAUCUCCGGCGCAGCCGUAUUCGGACAGGCGGUGCGCGCCAACAAUGUGACGGCGGUUCCCUACCUCCUCAACCGAAACCGCCGGCGAUUGGAGCGGCUGGAGCUGCCGCACGGCUUCAGCGUGCGGCCGGCGCUGAUGGCGGCUGCUGAGGCGGGCCAGCUGGCCGUGUUGCAGGGGGUGCUGGAUUGGGCGCUCAACAGGGCCGCCGCGUCCGCAGCUGCAUCUGCAGCUGUAGCGGCAGCAGCAACAGCAGCAGGGCUGGGUGGUGGCGCUGGUGCCCAUACACCCGCCGCUGACCCGCGCGUGGCGCGCGAUGACGACGGCAGCAGCAGUGACACCGACACGGACGACGAAGCCCUUGGCAGUGAUGGCGAGUUUGGCGAGGAUGAGGCGGGCGGCGCUGGUGCCGCCGUGCUGCGUGCGGUUUCUGACGGAGCGGGCGCGAUGCUGGUGGGGGCGGCGCGCGGCGGGCAGCUGCAGGCGGCGUCUUGGGUGUUGGACACCUUUGGAGCGGGGACCGGGGAUGGCCCGCCAGCGGAGGCCGGGGCGGAGCAAGGCGGCGGUGGCGGUGGCAGGUCGCUAGCGUGGCCCUGGAAGGGCAGGGGCACGGCGGGCGCCCGUGCUGGCGCGUAGGCCACUGUAGGCCCGGUACUGGCCGGUGCGGGUUGGGCGGGUGGUCGAUUCAGUCGCGAU